UGUAGAUGGCGUACGAUGGCUUGGUUGAGGUGGUGCACUCUUUAUUGGCGUAGAGCUGUAAAUUCUUUUGCGCUGAGAUUGGACGCCAUCUCCCUAAGCACAAGGCCCUCCGGCCACUCUAGGGUUUGGACCUGCAAAAACUCGUCUCUUUCUUCGCAGGCCGCCAUGGAUUGGCCGGCCAAUAGGGUUAGAGAGACCUUCAUUACCUUCUUUGAGCAAAAGGGCCAUGUGAAUUGGAAGUCAAGCCCGGUUGUACCAGUUGAUGACCCCACCUUGCUGUUUGCUAACGCAGGCAUGAACCAGUUCAAGCCAAUUUUCCUUGGAACGGUUCACCCUGGCACUCCUUUGGGUAAACUGAAGCGUGUUUGCAACACCCAAAAGUGCAUUCGUGCUGGUGGGAAACAUAAUGAUCUCGACGAUGUGGGAAAGGACACAUACCAUCACACUUUCUUUGAGAUGCUUGGAAACUGGUCAUUUGGAGAUUAUUUUAAGAAAGAAGCCAUUGGUUGGGCUUGGGAGCUUCUCACACAGGUUUAUAAAUUGCCUACAGACCGCAUAUAUGCCACUUAUUUUGGUGGAGAUGAGAAAUUGGGUCUCGAUCCUGAUAUUGAAGCUAGAGAUAUAUGGCUGCAGUUUUUGCCACCUGGACAUGUACUUCCUUUUGGUUGUAAGGAUAACUUUUGGGAGAUGGGUGAUACUGGCCCUUGUGGACCAUGCACAGAAAUCCAUUUUGAUAGAAUUGGUAACCGAGAUGCAGCUUCUUUGGUCAAUAAUGAUGACCCUACUUGCAUUGAGAUCUGGAACCUUGUUUUUAUUCAGUUUAACAGGGAAAGUGAUGGGUGUUUGAAGCCUUUACCUGCAAAACAUGUUGACACAGGAAUGGGCUUUGAACGACUUACUUCUGUUCUUCAAAAGAAAAUGAGCAAUUAUGACACAGAUGUGUUUUUACCAAUAUUUGAUGCCAUCCAACAGGCUACAGGAGCCCAGCCGUACUCAGCGAAAGUUGGAACAGAUGAUACUGACAAAGUAGACAUGGCAUACAGGGUUGUGGCAGAUCACAUAAGAACCCUUUCCUUUGCAAUUGCUGAUGGUUCUCGUCCAGGGAACGAAGGUCGUGAAUAUGUUUUGCGGCGUAUCCUUCGGAGAGCUGUUCGUUAUGGAAGGGAAGUUCUAAAAGCUGAAGAAGGUUUUUUUAAUGGGCUUGUCAAUGGUGUUGUGAAAGUGAUGGGGGAUAUCUUUCCAGAAUUGAAGCAGCAUGAGGUUAAGAUCCAGGAUAUUAUUGCAGAGGAGGAGGCAAGUUUUGGGAGAACACUAGUCAAGGGAAUUGAAAAAUUUAAGAAGGCGGUACAGGAGCUCCAGGAUAAAAAGUUGAGUGGACAGGAUGCUUUUGUUUUGUGGGAUACGUAUGGGUUUCCCAUGGAUUUGACGCAGCUGAUGGCCGAAGAGAGAGGAUUAACAAUAGAUGUUGAGGGUUUUAAUGUCGCCAUGGAAGAAGCUAGGAAAAAGGCGAGAAAUGCCAGGAAUAAGCUAGGUGGGGAUGCCAUAAUAAUGGAAGCUGACGCAACAUCAGAGUUGCACAAGAGGGGAGUGUCUACUACUGAUGAUAGCAGCAAGUUUAUAUGGUUUCAGGAUCACAAGAUUACUAUCAAAGCAAUAUAUACUGGAGCCGAGUUUUUGGAGAGUGCAUCUGCUGGUGCGGAAGUUGGCAUUGUUUUGGAUAGCACAAAUUUCUAUGCAGAACAAGGUGGUCAGAUAUAUGACACUGGAUCCAUUGAAGGCUCAUCUGGAUCAUUUCAAGUUAGUAAUGUUCAGAUAUUUGGAGGCUUUGUUCUUCAUAUUGGUUCUCUUGGUGGAUCAAGUACAUUCAGUGUAGGAGAUAAAGUAGUUUGUAAGGUUGACUAUGGUAGGAGGACCCUCAUUGCACCUAAUCAUACCUGCACUCACAUGUUAAACUUUGCUCUAAGGGCUGUACUUGGUGACCAUGUCGAUCAAAAGGGUUCUAUUGUUCUUCCUGAAAAGUUGCGGUUUGAUUUCUCUCAUGGGAAACCUAUUCAUCCCGAGGAUUUGAGAAAGAUCGAGUCAAUUGUAAAUGACCAGAUCAAAGAUGAAUUAGAUGUAUUUGCAAGUGAGACGAGUCUUGCAGAUGCUAAGCGCAUCAAUGGGUUGCGGGCUGUCUUUGGAGAAGUAUAUCCUGAUCCCGUGAGGGUUGUAUCAAUUGGCAAGAAAGUGGAGGAGAUCCUGGUUGACCCAGGGAACAAAGAAUGGCUAUCAAUUUCUACUGAACUUUGUGGGGGCACUCAUAUAUCAAACACAAGAGAAGCCAAAGCAUUUGCAUUGUUAUCUGAAGAAGGAAUUGCGAAGGGUGUUCGUAGGAUAACAGCUGUUACAACUGAAUGUGCUUUCAAGGCUAUGGAGACGGCACAGUCCCUUGAUGAAGAAAUAAAUGAAGCAUCCAUGGGAGAAGGCAGUUUACUAGAGAAGAAAGUAGCUUCUCUGAAAAGCCGGUUGGAUGCAGCUGCUAUUCCGGCAGCUAUGAAAGCUGAUUUAAGGGCCAGAAUUUCUCAGCUUCAGGACCAAGUUAGGAAAGCACAAAAGCAGAUAGCAGAGGGAAACCUACAGAAGGCAAUCAAGGCUGCCAUUGAAAUUGCGGAGACAGCUGCUUCUGAGGGAAAGCCUUUCUGUGUGGCACAAAUUGAUGUUGGUUUGGAUACAAGCGCGGUCCGUGAGGCUGUUGUAAAAGUCCUGGAAAAGCAAAAGGGGAUACCUAUCAUGAUAAUAAGCACUGAUGCAACAUCCAACAAGGCCGUGGUUUAUACAGGGGUACCGGACACUGUAGAAAAGAAAGGUUUGCUCCCAUUGGAGUGGUUGAGGACAGCUUUGAAACCUCUCAAAGGAAAGGGGGGAGGAGGAAAGGGUGGAAUCGCUCAAGGACAGGGAAGCGAUGCUUCGAGGGUUACGGAUGCCUUGGAGGCCGCGGAGAACUUUGCAAAAAUGAAGCUCAGUUAAUUUUAAACAUAGUGAUUAAUGAAGUAUUUAUAUAGAGAAGAAAGGGAAGAAAAGAGCAGAAGCUGAAACAUUUCAUAUCAAAUCGAGGCAAAUGCCUCCACUGUUUUUGUUGUUUGACUAACGAAUUUUUGGUCCUUGCAAGGAAACAUUGAUAACGAUAAUUGAAUACAUCAUUUAGGGUUGUGCCAAGUCUUUAUACUGCCAUUUAUUAAUUCUUUUAUGAGCUCUCUUAAGUCUCUAUGUUGCAUCAUUGAUACCAAAAAGUAUUGCUUAACAAUAUAAUUUGUAUUCAUCUUGUUAGCCC